AGGAAUUGAGGAAAGACUUUUUCGGUGACGAGCCCGGUCUUAUUGGAGUGCAUGGAGAGCCAUGGUCCAGAUUCAGAUCGCGGGUUGCGAAAGCUGUGGCGGCUCCCGAAGCAGCACGAGCCGCGGUGCCAGCUUUAGACGACGUCGCCGACGACUUCGUCUGCAGAAUGGAACGCCUAGUGGACGACAAUCGCGAGCUGCCAGAUGACUUCCUGACUGAGCUGUACAAAUGGGCUCUGGAAUCUGUAGGAGCCUGGGCACUAGGCACGAGACUUGGGUGUCUCAGUGACAACGAUGCCGAGGCAAAGCAGAUCAUCCGAUGCAUCCACGGGUUCUUCCAUAGCGUUCCCGAGUUGGAACUCUCUGCACCAUUAUGGAGGAUAUACGCCACGCCAGCUUACAAUACCUAUGUUGAAGCACUGGAUGUCUUCAGGGAAUUAUGCCUGAGAAGAUUGACUGACAAAGGAGUUUGCGCACAAAUAGCGAAGCAAUCCGGCGAAAAAGUUGCCACGAUUCUUGCCUUAGAUCUGCUAUUAGUGGGCGUGGACACCACCGCGGCCGCCGCAGCGAGCACCAUGUACUUAUUGGCAAAUAAUGACAGAGCACAAAAGAGAUUGCAACAGGAACUGGACAGUUACCUCCCAUCGGACCGCGUUUUACAUAGCAAAGACCUGGAUAAACUACCGUAUCUCCGGGCUUGCAUAAAGGAGGCUUUACGAAUUAAACCAGUUAUUUUGGGAAACGGGCGCUGUAUCCAAUCUGACGCAGUAAUAUCUGGAUUUGAAGUGCCCAAAGGGUCGCAUGUAGUGUUUCCUCAUUACAUACUGUCGAAUGAGGAGCGAUACUUUCCCGCGCCGGACAAGUAUGUGCCGGAGAGGUGGCUGAGGGACCGUGACAUUGAGAAGAGGGAACCACAAUGUCCCGUGAAGAGCUCCGAACCUGGCACAACACAGUUCUCUAGCUGUCCACACGCCCAGGCGUCGUCAGUAUGGAAGAGACAGAAGGAAGUGGGCAUACAUCCGUUUGCCUCUUUACCUUUCGGGUUCGGCAGAAGAAUGUGCAUCGGGAAGAGGUUUGCCGAAGCAGAGUUACAACUUUUGCUUGCUAAGACAUUUCAACGCUACAAUGUAUCGUGGCGGCACAGCGAGCUAACCUACAGCGUGACUCCCACUUACGUGCCCAACGAGCCACUGAGGUUCGCACUCACACCGAGGAAAACAUCACUAGCUAACUAACAGAAACUAGGUAGUUGAUAUACGACUAACUAAUUAGCUAAUAUAAAUCAUAAUAUGAUUCACAUAAGUUCACAUAUUAUGUGAACAUAGUACAGUCACGAGCACUAAUAUGUACUUUUUGACAAAUAAAACCGUAAGUCUCAUUAAACGUCAAAUAUGAUAGUGCGACAGGGUUCUAAAGUGGGUACAUGAAAUAUCAUGUAAAAAAAAAACAAUGUCGUAGUCAUGAGCUAUUGCUCAUGACUGUACAUCUUCGAAAAAGGUACGACAUUGUUUUUUUUUUUAAGACUUUUACGUUUUUCAUCAUCGUUAUAUAAAAUAUGAUUAAUUGUAAUUUUAAUUAUUUUAUCAUUUGAUUGACCAUGACCGUGCCUUCAUUACAAUUUAUUAAGUAUUUAAAAUUCACAAUCAUAACAUUUCAAAAUUAAGUUCUGUGUAAUAAAGUGUUUUUGAUUUGAAAUAUGAUAGGCCUCAUGACACUAUAGCAUCCGUCUACUCGUUUAAAAAAAUAAAAUUGUAAACAGUGUCUGCGAGACACUUACGUUCGUGUCUGUAUAGUCCGAUACGGGAGCUUCAAAGUCUGCCAUACGUUUUUCAUGUACUUACAAUUUACUAAUGCGUCGAAUGACAUUAUUUUACUUGAAAACGUUAUUUCUUGCGUGUACCUUCUUAAAAUAGUAAUGAUCCAACACUUGAUAGUCAAGUUCCAACUGUAGGUCAAAGGUACAUAAGAUCAAGCUUCAUUCAAAUAAAAUUAAAAAGAAAGAAGACUGCAUAAUAAUGUUGCACCAUUUUCAGUAGAUGUUACAUUGAUACCGACGUCUGAUAGUAUUAGUAGCUCUACAAUAUACUGUUAACGUCCCAAUUAAUUAAUAAGAUUAGCUUCUAUAAUACGAUUACUGGUUAUAAUAGCUAGUUCGAGUUUCUCUUUUUAAAACUUGUUGUAGUUUGUUAAUUUUAGAAUUUGUGUUGAAUUCCAAAUUAAACAGCCCAAACAAGUUGCAAUAACGCCAAAGUUAAUAAAGAUUGACAUUGUUCACUUUGUUUUUAAGUAGUUACGUAUGUUUAAUAUGUAAAUAAAUUAGU